GUCUCUCUCUCUCAAACUCGCGCAGCGCAAACUUUUCCCUAAGACUUUUUCAGCUCGUGCCCCCGGAGCGCUCCGUGCGAAGAGACACGAGAAAAACUGCAGACAGAAACAAAACAAACUCAGAGGCGGAGUGCGUGAAGAGGCGGGAUGGUGCUCCAGCCGAGCUGCACAUGUGAGCCCAGAGGCCACCGGUAGCGCUUCUUUUUACUCUUUAAUUCAAAGCACAGAGAGUAAGAGGAGAGGACGCAGUCUGACAGAGAGAGUAAAAGAAAAAAAAAAAGAAAAAAAAAAAAAGUUCUGUGCUACAAGUGUCCUGUCACCUCGGGGAGAUGUUCUACUUGCCGGUGUUCAGCUGGAUCCUCCUGGGCGGUCUGCUGCAAACUGUGGCACCCUGGGGUGCGGGGCGUACGGGCAGACCGAGGCAGUGCGACCCACCGAAGUCGCAAAGCGAGCUGAAUUCUUUCCUGUGGAGAAUAAACCGCACACCUCCUCAGCCACCCUCUUACUUGUUUGGUACCAUCCACGUUCCCUACACCCGAGUCUGGGACUUCAUCCCCGACAGCUCCAAGCAAGCCUUCCGAAGCAGCAGCAACGUGUUCUUUGAGCUGGACCUCACAGAUCCUCUGACCAUCUCCAAGCUCACUAGCUGCCAGCUGCUCCCCCACGGAGAAAACCUGCAGACCCUUUUGCCGCGAGACCUGUACCGUCGCCUCAAACGCCACCUGGACUACGUCAAACACAUGAUGCCUUAUUGGAUGACGGCGGACCAGAGAGGUCGUGGCCUGUACGCCGACUAUCUGUUCAACGCUAUCGCAGGGAACUGGGAGAGAAAGAGGCCUGUGUGGGUGAUGCUGAUGGUAAACUCGUUGACGGAGUGGGACGUCCGGUCCAGAGGGACUCCAGUGUUGGACUUGUUCUUGGCUCAAGAGGCAGAACGAAUGAGGAAGAAGACGGGCGCAGUGGAGCGGGUUGAGGAGCAGUGUCACCCCCUUAAUGGGCUAAACUUCUCUCAGGUUUUGUUUGCAUUGAAUCAGACGCUGUUGCAGCAUGAGGGUGUCCGAGCGGGCAGUCUGCAAGGAUCCUACACCACGGAAGAUCUCAUCACACACUACAACUGUGGGGAUCUUAACUCUAUCAUCUUCAACCAUGACACCUCACAGCUGCCUCACUUCAUCAACAGCUCUCUGCCAGCACAUGACCGUAUGACUGCCAUGCAGAUUGACAACUACUUCCGUCAGGAGCUCAUCUACAAACGCAAUGAGCGAAUGGCUCGACGCGUCUCUGCACUGCUGCAGAAGAAUCCCAACCAGACUUUCUUUUUCGCUUUUGGAGCAGGUCACUUCCUUGGGAACCACAGUGUGCUGGAUAUACUCAAGCUGGACGGUUAUGAAAUUGUUCAUCUUCUCUCUGACCAUCAUGAGCAAGUUACAGAGAGUAAACGAGAUCCAGAACUGCCUGAAGCAAGGUCUGUUGAAGAGCCCUUAGACACCAGUACAGUGACUCCCACCAGCUGGCCAACCGGUCUGGAGGAGGAGAUGGAAGACCCAGAUGAUGUGCCUGGGCUGCAAGGGGAGGAGCUGCCUCACAUGCUUCUCCCCGACAGCCUGAAUCAGCUGGAGGAGUUUGGACGGCACAAACGGCCCCACAAAGCCCACCGGAGCCAUGGAAGGCCCAGACUGUUCAGUGACCUGUGGGUUCGCUUUGGGGAUAGCACACCACCACCUAAUGUGAGGAUAAUCAACGGGUAUAUAACAGUGGAGCCGCCACUGACCCAUCAAGAACAACACAGACAGUUGGAAAUCUUUUCUAUAGAGCGACACGCUGACUCUCCUUCGCCCACACUGCACAGCCUCAGCUCAGCCCAGCUGGCUCACACUUCCCUCACCCUGUCUUGUAUUUUAGCCUGGUUUUUAUCACACAUGCUGCUCACCUCCUGACCACAAGACAGAGCUAUCUCGCAGUCAGACACUUAAGACGCUACUACAUCCAUACCAGAGCAGAGGAAUGUACGUGAUAAAGACAAACAACGGUGGCCAUCAUCAGCACGCGCAGACAUGAGAUGGAGAGAAGCUUCAGCCAGCAGGACAGCGGAUCUUCAGAGGGAACACUCCUGCCGUCAGCCUCCUCAGUACAGACAUCAUGUUGGAAGUGUUUAAUGACUCACCAGGCGUCAAAUUGUGAGGAAGAGGCUCGUAACAAAGGCACAACAACUGGCCGUGGAUGAAGAUUUACAGGCCUGUCGAACUAUUAGAAUAACAAACACAUAACAGUGAAUUAUUCCAAAGAAUUGGAGUCUUGACCUAAUGUAAUUUUAAUAUUGUGUAGAAAAAAUUUACUUUAACAUUGAGAUUUGAACAUAUCAAUGACGGUUAUGAUUCUGUGAUAAAUGGCUUCAUUGCACACAGUGCUGUGCAAUGAAGCACUGUGAGUUGUCACUUUGUAAAUUGUGCAUUUGUUCAUAAAGAAAAUUUGUACUGUAUUUAUUAAUUCUGGAAAACAGAGUAUAUUUUCUUGCUAUUUGAUAAAUAGAAAAAAAAUAAAAAUAACUAAUGACGUA